CUUUGUCAUGAGAGUAAACCGAACAACGACAGUUGGAUCUAAAAACUUAACUAUACUGGCACGAUACAUUUAAUUUUUUUUUCUCUAAAUUUGACAAGUGAAAAAUCUGCAUGACUUUAUAAUCAGUUAUAUUUAAGUAAUUGUAUUUUCCGUAUCAAAAUUUCAGUUAAAUUAAAAGUGUUUAGUGAAACGCCAAUGUCAUCUACUGUUAUUUACGUCGGGCUGCCGGAAGACUCGAAGAGCAGUAUUACAAAGCCGACUUCAUCAGCUGUGUUGUAUAGCGUUGAUCAUCUGGUAUCUACUUUGGAAGUGGAGAGCUCUGCAUGCAAUACAUCUGUACGGGUUAAAGAGAGAGGAGUUCCCAAUGCCCCAAAGAGCUGUAUCGCCGAGAUUUUCAACGCCGAUACCACUGACGGUGGCAGCCCCGUGAAGAACGGCUCCAGCCGUCCACGCAUGCCCCGCGACACGCCAACCCGCCCUCGUGACACUCACUCUCGUUUGUUUGGACAGACUGGCGGCAACGCAUCAGUCGCUCCAAUGAUCACCGACACCAUACGGAGUAACAUUCAGUUCGGCGACAGCGAGCUGAACGGUAGCCCGGCACACUCGCCCAAGAUAAACGGCAGCGCAACAUCCACACCCAGCCGAGGUGAGAUGGACAACGCCGACCACUUAUCAUAUACACCACCGAAGAGGAAUCCAGUCACUGGGGACGGAGUGCUCCUGCCGCCCCCGCGCAGACGCCACCCCGCCGCCAGCCUGCGAGAAGGCAACCCCAUCACUGGCGACGGCUACAAGUCUCUAAACGGUCAGAUCAACACAGUGACGUCGAUAAACGGAAACAGCAACAUCUUACACAACCGCGUACCACCCGGCGGUUACUCUUCGGGCCUUUGGUAGACAACAUCUAGAACAUUCACAGCGGCCAAACGAUUGAAACCGCCGCAAAUACUGGCCGUUGAUAAUCAUUAAUGCGAUUCUAAUUUUAUAUAACAACUCUUUGGUUUAAAAUCUUUUUGUUCGUCUGUGGUUUGUAUGAAGUGAUUUAUAGUCUGUGACUCGCAAGUUUUGUUUAAAUGUACGCAUUUUAGUAUUGCUAAUGCUGUUUGUGUGAAGUUAGAAUCGCGUUUCAUAGUAAUUUAUCAUCGAUAGUUUUGCGGUGCAAAAACACAACGCAUUUAAUAACAUUGACGACUUGACAUUAUUGAACUUCUUUUAACUAAAUUAAAUUAGAGAUCGAAAUAUUAAGUAACUUGCACAUAUGAAUCGUCCAUAUAAAAUUUUAAAAGGUAUUUGUUGUUCUUAAAAUCCUUAGCCUGUCCCAGUACUAACACAUUGAAAUAAUUUAGAAUAGAUUAUAGAUAUUUUUAUAAUAGUAACUUUUCGAUAGAUUUAAAAUUAUCGAUUCUCUUUGCGGGGGAUACGUUUUUUAUUUCAAUGUAACCUAACUUUCGCGCUCAAAUGUUUAAGCGCAAAUGACAUUUCACGUAAUAAAAAUGAAAAACCCCGCGCUUUAACGCCAUGACGUUUGUAAUCUAUCAAGUUUAAAAUUUUAAGUGCAUUGAAAUUGUGAAUUAGGAGUGAGGAUACGUAUCAGCAAUAUACCAAAAUGAAUAGUGCCUUGAUUGGUAAUGUAUUGGAAAUUCUAUAAGAAUCAGAGAAUGUUUGUUUAGGUGUGAAGUAGGAAGGACAGUGAUUAUAUGUCUAUAUAUCACAAGUAUAGAAAUAGUAAUCAGGCGGCACUCGGACUAACUGAAAUAAUUUAAUAAAGUAUAUUACAUAUUAUUGGACAUUUAUUUAAGAUACUUUUCAUUUGUUAACUUCAUAAUUUAAACAGAAUGUUUAUAGAAUGCAUUUAUUUUGUCUGUUUAUAAAUAUAUAAUAUAUAUAUUUUUAAUUUUAUUUUCUACUCUUUUAGAGUUUAACAUAUUUGAAUCUUGGUCGAUUAUCUGUUAACAAUCAAAUGGAUCACGGUCACGUAUCGUUCACAUCUCUGGAUCAUAGAAGGGUACUGUUGUUUUACUUCACGUAGGAUAAUUCAACCUUCCUAUUUUUUACUAUCUGAUUUUAAUACAUUUGAUAGCGCGCAGUCCAAUUCUAUAGUCAUAGAUGUAACGAUGUUCGAAGAGAUUAAAUCUAAAAUAAUUUAGACCUAGCAUAUCAUGUUAUUUAGAAGUUUUUUUUUUAACUCGAUUCACUAAUUGUCGCCGGCACUAUGGCCUAACAUUAAUUGUGUGUUAAUAGAUAAUAACCACUAUUUCAAAAUAAAGUUUUUUUUUUAAAUAAUUAA